UAGAGCCAGAAGAAGACUAACAAAGUCCAUAAUAUAAUGUGACAAUGGUACCGCAAAGAAACAUUUUGGUCCGUUAAGUUGUCUAUUUGCCCCAUCUCAACCCCAAAAAAUGUGUAUAGUGACAAAGGCCAACAAACAUGAAAGUACUCUCUUAAGCCACUAAAACUACAAAGGACAUGUACAAUCCAAUUGAAAAAUGCAUAGAUUGUCUUGUGGAUACCCCGCAAACAACUUAAACAUGCUAAAUGUAAAUUAUUGGAUCAUUUUGGACAUCAGAAUUGUCAGUAUCGAAAAGCAAAACAAUUUUUUUUUUUACGAAUACUGAAAUUAUGUCGAUAUAACCUUUGUAUGAACUCAACAAAUGUUGUUGAUUUCCAUAAGUUAUACAAAGAGUCGAAGACAUCAUAUGUGCAUAGACCGUAAGAUUAGCAGAAAGGAGAUAAACAUAAAAAAAAAAGUUUUGUAUAUCGAAAUCGGAGGGUAGCAAACAUAUGUCUCUCUUCCUCUGCAAGUGUUUCCUCUGUGUUUUUUGUCUAGAGCAUUUCACCAUUUGGUUCCCCCUUUCUAAGGUGAAGAUGAAUGAUCACUAUAUCUUUACCGGUUUUCUUUCUUAAUAAUAUGAACACUCGUUUAUAAAAAAAAAGUUUAGAAGAGUUUUCUUUUUUAAUAAUAUGAACACUCGUUUAUAAAAAAAGUUUAGAAGAGUGAAAUGUAUGAAUAUUGCUUUUGUGAUAUGAAAUAGUAAUGAAGGUAAAGUUAUGGAGUGGUAUGGUGAGAACUUUACUUGUGAAGUACUAUAGUGUAUAAUAAUGUCGGCGAGUGCAAUGCAACUGUGCAACCGAGCCAGUGGAUCAAGACAGCGACGGCGGAACAGUCUCCUACUGCCGCCCACGCGCCUUCUCCCACCGGCUGCUCGAGUUAGGUACCUCUAACUUAACUCAGUGACCUAAUCAACCUGAUUCCACUCGCCGCGACGAUUCUCCUAACGCCACUCACCCUUCCACACUCGCUCCGCCGGCGCGUGGCUUGAGCUUCAAUUGAAUAGGACUAGCGCCUCGUUUGGUUCAUCUCUAUUUCAAUGGUAACCUACAUACAAUCUUGUUGCUGAAGUGGUUAUAUGGAAUUGAAAUAUACGGCACGAUAAAACAAAUUGUUAGGCUGAAAUAUACGAUGAAAGAAUCAAUUUGGUGGUCGGGAUAAAAAGUAUUUGUGUAAGCAUGAGCCAAAGAUGAAUUUCAGAGGAUUCGAGUCAUAUUAGUUAAGCCAAAGUUAAAUAAUAGAUUACCAGUUGCUUUAUUUUCAUGUAUUUUGAGUUUUUAUAUAAAAAGUUGCUACGAGUUUUAAUUGUAUUUUUCACUAAUUUUGAAGUUGAUUGGAUGGAUGUUUUCCUUAAAAUAGUGCAAUACCACCACCGAUUCAUUAUUCAUGAAGCGAAGCAAGAGUGUUUCUGUAGUUUAAUUUGGUGAUCCCCUCGUCAUCGCAAUAGUUUCAUUACUCUAUCAGUUGUCCAUUAUGAAAUCGACUUAUAGCACUGAUGAUCGUAUGUAAGCUUUAGAUUUGGGACUGAUUCCUCUUUGUUGUCUAUGUAUGACGUAAUCUAAAAUAAAUAAAAUAACAAUCACAUCUUCUAGAUCGUGAUUACUCUUUCAAGAUAACAUUUUUCUCUAGUGUUUCAAAACUUUAAAUUGAUAUCACCGCUAAUAUAUAUUAUCUCCUUCAUAAGUUGUAUGAGAUAGAUUUUAUCUCUUAGGGUAAGUAUUUUUCCAAGUUGUUGAACUUGGGCUACUUAUUUACAUCCCCAGCUUCUGCUUCAACUACUUCCCCAAAUAAGAAGACACAAACAAUGCCUUGCAUUAUUUGUCAAUAAUUAGCAGUCGCUAUCACCUACGCUGGUUUCCAAACGUCGUCGUAGCCUACUCAUAAUCACCAUUAACACUAACACACCGUUUGGCAACGAGGGGGGUGCAAAUUAGAGGAGGAUGCAAAUAUGGGUGCAAAUUAUAGGAGGGAGCAAAUUAUAGGAGGGUGCAAAUCGAGGUGCAAAUUGUUGUUUGGGAGAAAAAGUAGGAGGGUGCAAAAUGAGGUGUAAAGUAUCAAUUUUAAUAUAAUAAUUAUUAUUAUAACAGAAAAAUAAAACCAAAAUUAAAAGAACCCACCACCUCUCUCUAAUCUUUCCCUCCCUUGGUCCCACCUUCCUCUUCUUUCCACCCAUCCCACGUCUGCCUCACCUUCCACCCUUCCUUCUUCUUCCCUUGCACAGUUGCACCCCAUUUUGGGGGGUGAAGGAGAAUAGUAAAAUUACCCCUCCAAUGCACCCGCCAACUACUAUUGCUAAAGAUCCAAAUAGGUGCAUUUGCAUUGGGAUCCUUCAUUACCCGUCAAAAUAUGCACCCCCUCCACUUCCCCCUUCUCCCAAACAGAGUGUUAAACAAAAACGCCUCCUUCCCCACUCCCACGAACAACCAGUCAUGGAGAAAACUAAUGGUAGUUAGCAACGAUUUUCAUUAAAUCAAAUCUCUCCCUCAGCUAGUCGACAAAACGUUAAUCAGGCAAGAAGAAUACAUUCCCCCACAUCGUCGGUUCCACCUUUAUUAGAUUUCUUAUUUUUUAUAUUUUUCAUUUUUUCUGGCAUUGCAUUUCUCUUCGUCACUCUCCCUCACUCGGAUGCUUGACAGAAAGGUUUCUCAUUGGUAGUGCUGCUCGUCUUGACCAAGAGAACGUCAGCCAUUCCAUUUCUCUCCGGCGGUGCUCUCUGUCGGCGGUUUACUGGUACGAAUGCGUCCUUAUUGUUAAUUUGUUUUUGUUCAUUUUUGGUUGUUGAGUGGGAAAGUUCUGGUGAGGCUCGCAUUGCGUUGUCGAGGGUGUUCUAUGAGUUUUUGGGUGACAAAGGUUCAAGCUUUGUGGUUUAUGGGGAAGAAUUUGUCGGUGCCGGUGAUUUUGGCUGGAUCUGGCUGCAACCCUGCUUGGAAAAUGUCUCAAAGCUAUGAACUUCAGCUUUUCCUUUUUUCCGGGUUCAUUGGGCUAAAAAUGGAAUCUUUAUCUCUUUUCCCUCUUGAACGUCUUACUUUCAGUCUUCUGUUUCGGCUGUGUGAUUCUCGUGAUUGAUCACUACACUGUAACAUUGGUCGCUUUCCUGGAUGUGAAGAAAUUUAUUGAUGCUUCACCCCUUUCUGUUAGCAUUUUGAAGUUUAAGCUUCUGUUGCUCGAUUUGGUUGCUGGUUGAGUGUUUGAAUUUGAUCUUAGAAAUGGGCAUUUGUUGUUUGGUUGCUGGGAAAAUGUUGUGAUAGCUAGAAAAGUACACUGCUUUUGUGCUGUUAAUUGUUGCUUUUGGCAAAUAAGGUAAGUGGUUGCUCCAAGCUUAGUUAUGCUCACCAUUCACCAACCUAACAAUGAGAAAUUGCAAUUUUCACCUUUCUGUUUUAACUUACCAUUUUAUCAUUCUAAUUGUUGUUUUUGGUGACUGAACUAUUGCAGUAGCAUUUUGGACCAUACAAUGGUUCAUGUAAAUGUGAAGAACAAGAAGAAUGCUUCAGUCCAGUUGAACUACAUAAUCCACAUUGAAGAGAUCAAGCCAUGGCCACCAUCUCAAUCUCUGAGGUCUCUCCGGUCUGUACUAAUUCAGUGGGAACAUGGUGACCGCCAUUCAGGCUCUACCAAAGCUGUAGUCCCAUCAAUUGGGACGGUAGUUGGCGAGGGGAAGAUUGAAUUCAACGAGUCCAUUAGAUUGCCAGUCACUUUGGCAAGGGACCUAAAAGCCAAGGAUGGUGAUGUGUUCAAGAAGAGUCGGAUAGAGUUCAACUUGUGUGAGCCUAGGAGGGAAAAUAAGGCCCAGUUGCUUGCUACUGCUGUAAUAGACCUGGCAGAUUAUGGCGUGGUAAAAAAUACAACUAGUGCUAGUGCUCCAAUGAAAAGCACUCGGAGCUUUACAAACAGUUCCCAGCCUGUUUUGUUCAUUAAGAUCCAGCCAGCUAGUAAAGGCCAUCCUGGAUCUAAAGUUCAGGAUGGAGGCUUAUCUAGGGGUGUAUCGCUUGAUACGAAUGGUGGCGAUUCGGUGUUGGGGUUGAUGAAUGAAGAGUUUGCAGAGGAAGCUGAGCUUUCUACUUUCACUGAUGAUGAUGUGUCAUCUCACUCUUCCAUGAGCAACAUCGGAGUUCCUGCUCAUGAAAAGAAUGAACCACAUGGAGUGACAGAUAGUAAUGGAGUGCUCAUGCAAGAGCAUGCAAAUGCUUCAAAACUGAGGCUUGAAAACAAUAUUAAUCCACAAGAAAGUUUGAAGGGGAGUUCUUCACGUUCAUCAUCUUCUGUAGAUUUAUCUUCUGAUCCAGGCAGUCCAAUCAACGGUCAUGCUUCUGUGGCGAAGUCUCUUGAUUCCGCUUCAGUCUUAAAUCCAAGGAAUGAACAGAGCCUUCAAUCCUCUUCGUCACACACUACGGAUGUAAUAGUAGAGGAGACUGUUGAAAGUCGAAGCAGUGAUGACCAUGGAAGUUCAGCAUAUGUGGAUGGUGUAGAAAUUGAAAGUCGAAGCAGUGAAGACAUGAAUGAAAGAGAAAACCAGGGAAGUGAACUAAGCACUGAAACCAUAGAUGAAGGACUUCCCUUGACUGCAGACAUUGGAAUGAGACGAAGCUUUACGAAACCAGAUAGACUGAAGAACGUGAGAUCAGUCAGGUCUGCAUCAGAUUCAGGUAGGAGUAAUGGAGGUGUUAGCAGAAGUCUGCCCGAAAGUGAACAAGUUGAUGUGCUGGGAGAUGAUCAGAACAGUGUUGGGAGCAUGAGAAUUAGUGAAAGAAAAAGUGCCAAGAUCUCUCCGAAGGACACCAGCACCACUGUUUUAGCUGGCAAAAUGCAGCAGUUGGAGCACAAGAUCAAGGUGCUCGAAGGAGAGCUGAGAGAAGCUGCUGCCAUUGAGGCUGCACUUUACUCUGUUGUUGCUGAGCAUGGAAGCUCCAUCAGUAAGGUGCAUGCUCCAGCUAGGCGCCUUUCAAGAAUGUAUCUUAAUGUCUCUGGAGUCGCCAGGAGAGCCAGUGCAGCCAGAAGUGCGGUUUCAGGAAUGGUUCUAGUGGCAAAGUCAUGUGGCAACGAUGUCCCCAGAUUGACAUUUUGGUUGUCAAACUCGGUUGUACUGAGAGCAAUCAUAAGCCAAGCAAUGUAUGAGUCAGAGGAAAUGAAUUGUGCUGAAAAGCGUAAUGAAGUGAUAUCAUCAUUGACUUCUAGCAGAAAGGGAAAGGGAAGUUCAAUAUCUGACGAUAGUGAAGAUUGGGAGGACCCUCGCACUUUCAUAUCAGCACUUGAAAGAGUUGAAGCUUGGAUCUUUUCCAGAACUGUAGAAUCCAUUUGGUGGCAGACUCUUACUCCACACAUGCAAUCUGCAGCCACCAAAGGGAUUGACAAAGUGAGUGCUUCAGACUCCAACAAAAACCUUACUCGAUCCUCAAGUUCAUGCGAUCAAGCGCAGGGAAACUUUUCAUUGGAGCUUUGGAAGAAUGCAUUCAAGGAUGCCUGUGAAAGGCUUUGUCCAGUUCGAGCAGGAGGACAUGAGUGUGGUUGCUUGCCUGAGCUAGCAAGACAGGUGAUGGAGCAAUGUGUGUCUAGAUUGGACGUGGCUAUGUUCAAUGCAAUACUCCGCGAAUCUGAUGACGAAAUCCCCACAGAUCCAGUGUCUGAUCCCAUAAGCGAUCCAAGGGUUCUCCCAAUCGCGGCUGGGAUAUCAAGCUUUGGAGCUGGUGCACAACUAAAAAAUGCGAUUGGAAACUGGUCGAGAUGGCUCACCGACCUAUUUGGCUUAGACGAUGAUGAUGUUGACCCUUGUGAGGACCACAAUGAUGACCCAGAUGAGGAUGAUGAUAGACAAGACACUUCCUUCAAAUCUUUCUAUCUGCUUAAUGCUCUUAGUGAUCUUAUGAUGCUUCCAAAGGACUUGCUCUUAAGUAGAACCAUAAGGAAAGAGGUGUGUCCUACAUUUGGGACACCAUUAAUCAAGAGGAUUCUAUAUAGUUUCGUCUCGGAUGAGUUCUGCCCUGAUCCUGUACCAAAUAUUGUCCUUGAAGCCUUAGAGUCCGAGGACAAUGCCCCGGCAGAAGAGGGUUGUGUUACGACUGUGCCAUGCAUUGCAGCUCCUCCAAUCUAUCUACCAUCUUCAUCAGCUUCUGUUGCUGCCACAAUUGGAGAGCUUGGAAACCAGCUCAGGAGAAGUGGUUCGUCCGUGCUGAGAAAAGCAUACACUAGCGACGAUGAGCUCGACGAGCUGAAAUCGCCUCUGGCUUCAAUCUUCCCCGAGCUGAUGCCUUGUUCAUCAUCAUCCCCUGCAGCCUGGAAACUGAAGGAGGGACAGAACCCGGUAAGGUACGACCUUCUGAGGGAGAUAUGGAAGAACAGUUAGUAGUCUGAUCUUGUAAACAACCACAUAGUAGUACAUAAAGAACGGGGACAUGACUGUUGUACAAAUUUUGGUGGUUCGCCUUCUUCACGUGUGUUUGUACAAAUUGAGAGCCCAUCUACUCUAGCCAUGAAGAAAGACACAAACUUUACAUUUACUGAAGUGCCAUGGAUAGCCAUGGCAGUGUUUGAUCAAUGGGCUUAAGAGUUGCAUAUUGCUUCGCUCUGAGUUUCUGCUUAGCUGCUGUUGGUUAACCACUAAAUAGACUUCAAACCGAACAAAUCUGUCUACCCGAAUUCCAAGGCAUAUCACCCAAACGGCCAAACCCACCUUAUGACCUUCCUUUAUAUCACAGAUUCACAGUUCAAUGCAGUCCAGAAACCAAAUAUUGAGGGCAGCAAAAGGCAAAGCAUAGACCAUAUUCAAGUUAAAGACGGAACAAAAGAGCACACACAAC